AUGCCCACUCUUUUAACCCAGAGUUUGGCUCAAAUGCAUCCAAAAUUGCGUACAAAUGGUAUGGGUAUCGGUAACACUCACAGAAGGAUAUCUCUUGGUUUUCUGCAACCUAGCAAACGAAAUCCAUUAGUGAGAAAAUACAAGCCACGAAGACGACACGGAUCAGACCAACCAAGUUUUCGAUCAUUGGGGGACGAUUUUGGUAGCACAGUAGCUCGGGAAGAUACAGGGCAAGUUAUCGAUGAGGAAUUGGGAGAGCCCGAAUCUCCCGAUGGUGGGGAACUCAGUAGAACAGUGUCUCUUCCGUCCAGAGUAAGUGAAGGCGCCGAUGUGCAUUCUGAGGUGGAUUGGAUAUUGGAAGAACAUGAAAGAAGAUACUCCACAGCUCACCCUAGUGAUGAAGAAUUGGGACCGGAAGACGACAAUGGGUCAUCAAACGACCAGGAACAAGACGAGGGUCUCGAAUAUGGCGAUUUCAUGAGAAGAGUAAGACAACAGCUCAAGCAGGAUAUGGAAAGACGUCAACCCAGACCAUCGUACGUUUCGGUGAGCACUCGAGGCUCGGUCCCCAAUGUAUACGAGUCUGUUGAUCGUAAGGAAGAUUACGAGCGGGAAGUAGUGACUUUUAAAAGUGAGGCUAAGAUAUUGGCAAGCUAUUCGAUACCGCUGGUCCUGACUUUUCUACUAGAACAACUUUUUCCCUUGGUUUGCUCACUCACCGUGGGCCAUUUGGGGAAAAAUGAGCUCGCAGCAGUUUCCUUGGCGUCAAUGACCACAAACAUCACCUUGGCCGUGUUUGAGGGCAUUUCAACUAGUCUGGACACUUUGUGUCCCCAAGCGUAUGGAGCUGGGAAUUACAGGGGUGUGGGAAUACAUUUACAGAGAUGUAUCGCAUUUUCUAUGGUUGUUUACGUCCCCUUUGCUAUCUUUUGGUACUUCUCAGAGUACUUUUUGGGUCUUGUUGUGAAGGAGAAGGAACUGGUCGCUCUGACCGCCAAAUUUCUGCGAAUCGCUAUACUUGGUGCGCCGGCCUAUAUUACUUUCGAAAAUCUGAAAAGGUUUCUACAAGCGCAAGGUAUCUUUGACGCCGGGAUUUAUGUCCUGUUAAUUUGUGCACCUCUGAACAUUCUCCUAAGUUACACACUUGUGUGGAAUUCAAGAAUAGGCUUAGGAUACAUCGGCGCUCCAAUUGCGAUGGUGAUCAACUUCUGGCUCAUGCUAGUGUUGCUGGUGCUGUACAUUGUAUAUGUGGACGGCAAAAAGUGUUGGGGUGGCUUCAACAAGAAGGCCUUCACGCAUUGGAAGGCGUUAUCGGAACUGGCAAUUCCAGGUAUCAUCAUGCUCGAAGCCGAAGAUCUUUCUUACGAAAUCUUGACUUUGUUUAGCUCAUAUUUUGGGACGAGCUAUCUAGCUGCCCAAUCUGCAGUUUCGACCACUGUGACAUUGAUGUACAUGAUCCCAUUUGCCGUUGGUAUCUCAUCGUCUACCCGAAUUUCGAAUUUCGUGGGGGCUAGGAGACCAGAUUGCGCCAAGAUCGCUUGUGAAGUGGGGCUGUCGUGCUCUUUUUUCGUUGGUCUAUCGAACUGCCUCAUUUUGGUUACUUGCAGGCAACUCGUCGCGAAGGUCUACUCCAAAGACGCAGAGGUUGUCCGCUUGAUUACAGAGUUAUUGCCGUUAGUCGGGAUAGUCGAGAUUUUCGACUCCUUGAACGCCAUAGCGGGAUCGUGUCUACGCGGACAAGGCAUGCAGGCGAUUGGCGGUAUCAUCAAUCUGGUAUUCUACUACCUAUUAGCCAUUCCAAUGGGUAUUUUACUUGGUUGGACAUUUAAUAUGAAGUUGUUCGGAUUAUGGAUCGGAAUCGGCACAGGCAUGUUUCUGAUCGGAACUACAGAGGCAUACCUUGUAUUAUUUCCAAACUGGAAGAAGAUUCUCGAGACUGCUGCGAUGCGCAAAGAGGCCGAGGAUGCCGAAGAGUCAGAUUCGGACGACGAAUAUCCUUCGAGCGAUUCUGACGACGAAUUGCCUAGCGAAACGACAAUAUUACUACACAGGUAA